AAAACUAGUACGAAAAGCCUCUCUUAAAAUCUCACAAAAUUUUGAAUUAUUAUAAUAAUAACAUACUUCUACUACUACUCACUUCUCAAUAAUAACACUUUCUCCUUUUGUAUAUCGAGAGAGAGAGAUUAUAAUGUAGCCAAAAAAAAAAAAUGGGUAGAAGAACAACACCAACAGAAGACGACGACCACCACCACCACCAUAACCGGCGUCACCACCACCCAAAAUCACAAACCCUACCACCAUCGCCCUCACACUCAUUCUCAUCAUCAUCCUCAUCGGACUUCGAGUUCACCAUCUCCGUCUCCCCACGGAAAUCCUCCACCGUCCACUGCCGACCCGCCGACGAGCUUUUCUACAAGGGCCAACUACUCCCUCUCCAUCUCUCCCCACGACUUUCCAUGGUUCGAACUCUCUUACUCGCCUCCUCAUCCACCUCAUCAUCCUCCGAUAACAGCACCACCACCGCCUCACGUGACUCCACCGGAAGCAGCGCUUCCAACGAGUCUAAUUCCUCCUUCAACAGCGACCUCGUUCUCCUAGCCGCCGAGUCUUGUGACUCUUCCAGGCCUAGCUCCGUUACUGAUCAGGAUGAGGAGUUCAAGCGCCUGACCGCCACCACCGCCGGCACCCAAGGUUGCGGCAUUAAUAAUUUUCUUCAUAAUGCCGUUCAUAUCAACAAGAAGAGUAGUAGUAAUAGUAAGUACUUUUCUCUAGCCAGAAUCUCUUCCGUUUUCAAGAAAGAGCCUAAGGCAGGUGGUGCGGCGGUGGCAGCAGCGGCGGCGGUGGAUAACAACCUACCAGGGUUAUCCGGGUCGUCUUCUUCGUCGGUUAAACGAAUGAGCAGUUCGGCUAAAGAGGUUAUAAGAAAGUAUAUGAAGAAAGUUAAGCCGUUGUACGAGAAACUAUCGCAAAAGCAAGGGGUCGCCGCGGCGGAGGAGAAUAAUGAACAUUUUCAACCGCGGCAACAAAAGCUCGGUCGUGUAAUGACCGCUCCAGCUAUCAAAACGACGUCGUUUUCUACCUCGAAGUCAACCUCAACGACUAAAUUUUCGAAACCGUUAUCCUCAGCAACAUCCUCCUCAUCCAAUACUAAUAAUAGUAAUAGUAAUAAUAAAGAUCAGAAUGGGUUUUCUCAUUCAUUUUCUGGGAAUUUAAGGUACCCGAGGAGGAAAAGCUGCAUCUCUAGCUGCCCAUCUUCGAUACGGUCUUCGCCAAGCCACUCUGGUGUUCUUUGCCGGCCAGGUUUCGCCGGCACCGGCGGCGCUAGAGGCGGAAGUGGUUACAAUAACGGUGAUAUGAAUAUGAAUACAUCGACUUCGUCAUCUAUGGAGGAACUUCAGAGUGCUAUUCAAGGUGCCAUAGCUCAUUGCAAGAACUCUUUGCUGAUUCAGAACAAGACUAUGGCGGUCAGUAGUAAUGAGAUUUGAGAUUAAUAAUAUAUUAAUAUAUAUGAUAAUUAUUAUUAUUAAUUAAUAAUUAACGAUAAAAGUUGAUUAAAUCUUUUUAUAUAUAUAAUUAACUGGCCGAACAAAUUAAAAGAAAAUGAAAAUUAAUUUUCGAGUGUCUUUAAUUUUUGUCUUUUUCUAAGUGUUUGUUUUCAAGGAUGAGUAUAUUGAUAUUUUCAUCAUCAUGUCAUUUAGAGGCCCAAAAAUAGUAGUAGACAAGUUAUUUUUAUUAAAUUUUAAAAAUGGUUGCAUGUGAAUUAUGUAACGGUAUUGUUCUUUAACGCUGGAUUUUGUUCAGAAAAUGAGAAUCGAUGAUCGAAGUCUGUGAAUGUUUUAUAUUUUAUAAAUCUUGGAAUUUGUACUC